AUGGCACACGCACCGCGUAAUAGAUUUCUUGUACCGGGAAUUCCGCGCUAUUCUCGCAGCGCCGUUUAUGCUAAGAAAGCUUUAUACAAAGAAAAGAGGAAGGGAACUUUUAAAAAAACUGAAGUUGAACUCCCAACCACUAAAAAAGUCCCAUUCAAAGAUGGACAUCGUAUUGUUCCAUUGGAAAAAGCACCACGAUUUUAUCCCGCAGAAGAUAUUCCAGAUCCUAAGAAAUCUCGUAAAGUUAACAAACCUACUAAACUUCGUGCUUCCAUUACUCCUGGCACUAUUCUUAUCUUGUUAGCUGGUCGUUUUCGUGGAAAGCGUGUCGUCUUUUUAAAACAACUACCUAAUGGAAUGCUAUUGGUAACUGGACCGUUUAAAAUCAACGGCGUUCCAUUAAAACGUGUUAAUCAAGCCUUUGUUAUUGCUACUUCCACAAAAAUCGAUAUUUCUACUUGCUCGCUUGAUAAAUUUGAUGACGCUUAUUUUAAGAGGGAAAAAGACAGUAAAAAAGGUACCGAAGAGGAAUUAGUUGGCGAAAAUCAAAAGCCAAAAAAAACAGUUUCUGAAGCGAGGGUUGCCGAUCAAAAAGAAAUCGAUAGCAAAAUCAUCGCUGGAUUGAAUACUCCCCAUAUCAAAGAUUAUUUACAAUCCAGAUUUUCUCUCUCAAAAGGUCAAUUUCCUCAUACAUUAGUUUUCUAA